AAACAGCAUUGGCCGUCUGCCGCUCGCGAUGGACGGUGUUCCCGUGACAAUCAUGUAAUAUACGCUAACUCCUUGCUCCUAGCAGUAACGAUACGUAUCAUGAACUCUCUAAUGUAGUUAAAGAAUUGGUGCUCAAUUAAAAAAUAAAUUAUAUAUUUUUAUAUCGGACUUUGUUAUGGAGAUUUGUUAGUAGGUUGUAGGGUUUGUUAAGCGGUGGUGCUACGUGAAGCAAGAUGAACUUUCUGGGUGCAGUUGGCGGUGAUGGUGAUGACAGCGAUGAUAAGGAGAAGGAAGAAGAAGCGGAACGUGAACGGCAGGAGGCCAUCCGUGAGGCCGAGGAGCGCCGCAAGGAGAAGCAUCGCAAGAUGGAGGAGGAGAGGGAGAAGAUGAGGCAGGAGAUCAGGGAUAAGUACAAAAUCCCCAAGAAGGAGGAGAUGGUGGAGCAGCAGCAGGCGGAGCCCGACAAUCCGCUCAUGAGGAAGAAGAAGACGCCCGAGGAACUCGCCGCAGAGGCCGAGCUGGAGGACCAGGAUGAAUUCACUAAACUGAAAAAUACCAUCGAAACGCAAGUGAACGAAUUGAAAUCUCAGAUCGAGAGCAAGUGCGUGAUGCAGUGAGCUGGAGUUGUUGCGCCGUCUUUGUUAUAACAAUAUUAUACCCGAAUACAUGAUGUAGCUGCUCGGCCGAUUGUUACGUCACACCCACCACAUUCCACCCCCGAACAACCCCCAACCAUGACCGGAACAACCCCUUCGCAAUACCGUAUCAUUCGCGCUCAAACAUUUUUGUAGGAGAGAUUGAAUUCUAAAUUAUUUCGAAACGUAGUCAGCUAGUGGCGCGUUGGUGCUUGAUGAUGAGCAAUAAUAUUUUUAUACAUUCAUAGAAAAAAAAAUUUGGAGAGCGACCUUCAAUGCCACAGAAAAGUGCAUCAGCGGGACUCGCCCCCGCCGGUCAGGUCACGGCAAAUGAUCCAGUUUUAUAUGUUGACGCUUGUGAUAUAUUGUUAUUUAAGUGUAAUGAGAAAAUAAAUUUAAAUACAACUAGAAUGUUAAUGAAAUAAUGGAAGAGGAAGUAACAUAUAUUAAGUCGGUAGCGCGCGUGUAGUCUGACUGUACCGAGACCACCCUUCUCUCGCCUGUCUCUCGCCUUCGGAAUCGACUUACAUUGAAAUAACAAUGUAUUCGCUAGUAAAUAUUUGUUUUCAUCCAAAUUCCACUCAGCUUGGUGUCUCUCGAUGUAGAAGUUUUACCGUGCGCGGUAAAACGGACGCGUGGCUUACGCUCUUCGCUCUCUCUCUCUCUCUUUGUCCUCUUCUGUGUCUCUCCUUCUGCAACUUUAAACUCUCCGACUUUUGCCUCUAAAUCUUUUGCAUGCGUGCUUCUGCAGUGUUAGUCGGUAUCGUGUCAGUGAAUUUGUUUAGAUGUAAAUACCCGUAAUGGACCUAGCCUUAAUAUCCACAUCGAAAAUAUUUAUAGGUUACAAUAUUGUUACUGAUAAAGUUUGGAGCUGGCGUCCGGCAAACGCCGAGGAGCGCCUCUCCGACAUCUUAUAGUCGUCACUUUUGUUUCUGCAUGUCUUUAAGAUAAGAUCGAUGUUCAUUUAGAGUAAAGCGUUAAGAUUGUAGAUAACAAACACUUGACCUGUUGUUUUACCGUUGUACCAAUGUAGCGUAGUUAACGCAAUAUAACGUUUUAUCGAUGUUUAUGCUUAGGUGUAAAGUUAAUGUACGUGCGAGCGAAAUUUUCGAGCGAUUCGUGCGAUGGUAUGUUCUGAAAUGAUUUCAAACAACAGACGAAGCAUACGUGGCCGCUACGAUCUCUAUGGACUGCUACGACUGCCCGCAAAGAGAAGGCUCGCAAGUAUAAUUGUUCGAACAUUUGUCUCCACAUGUAAGCUGCAAAUGCAAAAGAUUUGUUAUCGUCAAAAGCUGUGAUAUAUAAAUAAAUAAAACAAUCGGCGUGCGCGGGACGCGGCUCGACCCGCCCCAACCCGCCACCCGAUACACUUUUCACUUUAGCUUCUUUGAUCUUUGACCUUCACUAAAUAAAAAUGUUUCAUCGACUAUCUUUGUAACUUCAUUGGAAACGUUCACAUUUCCUCCGCUCUCAUAGACCUCAACUGCGACGGAACUUCGACAAACUUCUUCAAUGUAAUCAGCACAUCAUGUAUUUCUUCUACUUUUGUGUUACUUUUUCUCUUCGACUAUCGGCUAUGUAACCUACGCUUGCUUCACUCUAAUCUUAACCUAAUUUGGCUCCUUUGAUCUUCUAUAAAAAAUCUAUCAUCAUGAUAUCGCGGACUCAAGAUAGAUAUUCAAUAUACACCCAUGUAAAUACUUUUGCAACGAUACUUUCAGAUCGUCUAUUGAGAAUUCUUUAUCUGAUAACACAUUAUAUUCUUAAUUUCCUUUUAUGGGAUUAGUUCAGAGCCCCUCUUCUGCUCGCGAUCACUUGCGAUGGGCGCCGCUUGUCUCGGCCUCCGACCCGUCCGUCGUAACUCUAUCAUCUUCUAUAUCGUUAAGGUAUUCUAACUUUCACCGUGUACGUGUCUAGCCUAGGUUUACGAUAUAUUACGCGUUAGCUCUAUUAUACGUGCAUGGCAUUUAUAGCUAAACUGUUGUUCGUAGUUGUUCGAGGUAAACAAUAAUAGAUUUAAGUCCGGACACCUCGGUUCUCUCCGACUCGACCAAAAAGUCGCCUCUAUCGUUCAUGACUCUUCCUGUGUCCUGUCUAUUCGUACGCUAACUAUGGAACGCUGCCCUAGAACCUUUCUCUCUUCGACUAUCUUCAAUCUAUCAGUAGUGUCUAAUAUAAUUCGGUCUUCGUUGUUGACUCUCACUUACGUAGCUAUAGUGAAUUAGAAAAUUAUUUUGGUACGUAGCGAGGGUUAGGUAUAGCGUUAAAAAUUCAAUGUUAAAUCCGCUAAUUGUCACUAAUUUAAAAACCUAAUCUUGUCUCUGGUUUUUUGAAUAUUUCAAUGUGUGCAUGCGUUUAUAUUUAAGUGUAAGGUAGCUCUUGCGAGUGUGUUCGGUGUCGUUUUCUCUCGAUUAGUCUUUAACUCGAUACGUAAAGCGCUUUAUCGAGUUUCUUGUAUGUAAGCUUUCAGUGUUCUCUGUAUAGUGUUAAAUAUUAUUAAGUAAAUGAUUGCUUGACCGCGCAAUUCGUUACGGAAUUUGGGUGAUAUCAAAUUGUUGCCAUUAUUAAUAUUAUCAAAAAGCACUUAUAAUUUCUGCUUUAAUUUCUCUGCAAUCACAACCUCCUCACUUCAAUACGAGAAGCUAUCGGCCGGUACUUUGAAUCUUUUCAUCUAGUAGUGAAAAAUAAUUCUUUCUUGAUCAAAUUUUGAUUUAUUUACAUUUAAAUAUAUAGUGAAUUUAUAAAGAGGUUUAUACAAGGUAGGAAUGUAGUUUAGUAUAUAAUAUUAAAUUAUAUAUAUAAAAUAAUAUGCAAAUAUUGAUGAUUGUUUAUAUUCACAGCCGUAGUAUAAUUGAUAAUUGUUCUUAAGUGACUCGCGACCAAUUUCAGAAUUUCUCCAAAGGCAAAAUCAGUUGAAUGACUAAUCUUAUGACUUUCGUACUCAGGGUAAAUGAAAAUAUUGUAAUUUACUGCUAUUGUUGUCUAUUUAUAUAUCUACAUACGUUCAGUUAGAACUGUUAGGAUUUUCACUUCGCCUUUUUAACUGUGUCCUGCAUAAUUUUAUCCCUCAAAAAAUAAUCUUAAUUCUGCACCAAACUUGUGUACAUUUCAACGUUAUUCUUAUUAAUAAGUCAAAUAUUUAGCCUAUAUCGUGAAACAUCUUACAGAUGUUGUUGAAAAGUCACUAAAAAACACCGAUUAAGCAAUUGUUAGACAUCGAGAUAUGUAAUUUAUUAGUAUUUAUAAAUAAAAUCAUGAAAAAACCGAGUUUAAUAACUUUCGGUAAGGAAUAGGUUGUUAGAGUUAACGUACUAAGGGUCUGUUUGAUUGUUGCACUAAGUAUUUGAUAUAUUACACUAAUCACAUUAGACUUUUAAUUUUUAUAAAAAAAACAAUACAUGUCUGAUCAUAGAGUAUAAAAUAUAACAACAACAUAAACUAAUUGAAAACCAGAAUCAGAAAUCAUUGUCAUGUAUCUUUUAGAAACACGGCUAAAUUUAAAUAUGAUUCGUUUUGAAAAAUAAUUUAAUCAAUUGAAACAUAAACGCAAUAGUAAAUCCCACAUAGACUGUCAAUCACAACGAAAACAAAUACGCACUGAAUACUAAAAAAAAAUGAAAUUUAAUGCUUCAUCAAUUAUUCUUAUAAUAAAAGAAAUAUAUUAAACAGCAAAAUACAGCAAUUUCUCAAUUUAUUAAAUAAAUGUAACUUAAAUGACGGAUAAAUUUAUAGGUUAAGUCAAACUGCACAGAUGACUAUAACCGGCUGACAUAAAACUAUAGACAAAUGUCAGAGACAACGACACAAACCACACACAAGAGCUUCAUUACACGAAGUAACGCCAUUAUUUAAUAUAUUUUAGAUAUUAUUUUAUAUUUCAAUCAUAGUGUGGAGAGGCUUUAUAAAAGAACUGAAAAAAAAGUGCCACAGAAUACCGAUAAUUUUUCCUCUUUUUGGAAUGAUUUUUAUGCAUCUUACCACACUAUGUUUGAAUUUUUCUAUUGGGUUAAAAGGUGCGCCAUUUUCAUAAAGAUAUAGUAUGUUGGCGCGGCCGGGGAUGAUUAUAAAAUGUAUGGUUUACGAUUCUAUAAUAAUGUGGACUGUUUAGGAAGGUUGUUCCCCGGCCGACGGAGUUAUUCCAUUAGGGUAGUCACAGGCCACAUUUUGGUAAGUUAGCUUUUAAUAUUAGUGACAUCUAGUGUUAAAAAUUGCAAGUUUACUGAAAUUUAAUGAAAUGUGUAAAACAAUUUUGAAAAAAAAAUCAUUAAUUCAGAUAUGAACGUGGUUCAUGUGUUGUAUUGUUAUUAUGAAGAUUAGUAGAUAAACCAUGAUUACAUUAAAUUAGAGUAACGGAUGAGAUACGAAAGAGGUUAUUGUUGAAAAUGUUUUUAGAUAAUUAAAUCAGAUUGAGCUUUUGUGAAACCUUGUUAUUGAUGGUUAUUAAGAGUUCGGUUCGCGGUAUUUUCGGCUGUCUAAGUACUGCCAUACGAUUAUGACUUUUAUCUCUAUACGUAUUAGUUCGGUUUUGUCACCCGUCACUCUUAGGUAUAAGGUAGGCUUGGGCUGCAUAUUUGUUUAUCAGUAAUGUUGCAAUGCAUUGUUAAAUUUAUUUAAUCGUCCCUAUUAGUUACGUACAAAAGUUUAGAGGUAGCCAUUUUCAUAUGAACCGCUGUAAAUGUGAAAGUGGUGUAUCUACCAUGUUGUUAAAUAAUAAAUAAAUUACAUUGUA